AUGAAUGCUGUCAACGGACUAGCCUACACAGUAAGCCUCAGAUCACGCAGUCCCGGGCCUCCGAAAAUUCCCAAGACUCUCCAAGACCACUUUACAAUGCUUCCAAGACCUAAGCCUCCACGACAAGAAACCCAAACGGGCCCAAGUAGCUACUGCUGGCAUGUUCCCUCGCUUGCUCUCAUCUCAAGCACCUCCGCGACACGGGGUGUUUGGGUGUCGCCUAGCCUCAGACAUCAGACAAGACCACCUCGAGAAACAGGAACACGGCACCACGACCAGAGGAAGAAGCGGCACGCACUAGACCGAGCCAAAGAAGAAGGCUAA